AAAGAGAUGAGGAGGAGGCUGCCGCACUGGGCACCCGGAGACAGCCCUUGGCAGCACCCACGACUGGUGAGGACCCAGCGCUCAGCAUGAGUCACCCGUUCUACGACGUGGCCAGACACAGCAUUCUGCAGGUGGCAGGGGACGACCACUUUGGAAGGAGAGUCAUCACGUUCAGCUGCUGCCGCCUGCCCCCUUCUCAUGAGCUCAACCACAAGCGGCUACUGGAGUAUCUGAAGUACACGUUGGACCAGUAUGUAGAGAACGAUUACACCCUCAUCUACUUCCACUAUGGGUUGAACAGCCGGAACAAGCCAUCCCUGGGCUGGCUCCAAAGUGCCUACAAGGAGUUUGACCGGAAGUACAAGAAGAACUUGAAGGCCCUGUACGUGGUGCACCCCACCAAUUUCAUCAAGAUUCUGUGGAGAAUUUUCAAACCCCUCAUCAGCCACAAGUUUGGGAAAAAAAUCACCUAUUUCAACUACUUGAGCGAGCUCCGGGAACACCUCAAAUAUGACCAGCUGAUCAUCCCCCCAGAGGUUGUCUGGUACGACGAGAAGCUCCGGAACCUGCCCAGGGGCAGGCCGCCCCCUCCGACUAAGACGCCUCCGCCACGGCCGCCCCUGCCUACCCAGCAGUUUGGCGUCAGUCUGCAAUACCUCAAAGACAAAAAUAAAGGCGAACUCAUCCCCCCUGUGCUGAGGCUCACAGUGACAUACCUGAGAGAGAAAGGACUCCACACCGAGGGCCUGUUCCGAAGAUCGGCCAGCAUCCAGACCGUCCGAGAGAUCCAGAGGCUCUACAACCAAGGAAAGCCCGUGAAUUUUGAUGACUAUGGGGACAUCCACGUUCCUGCUGUCAUCCUGAAGACCUUUCUUCGAGAGCUGCCCCAGCCGCUGCUGACCUUCGAGGCCUACGAGCAGAUCCUCGGGAUCACCAGUGUCCCAGGAAAGCAUCUUUAA